AAGACAGCGGCGGAACUGGGGAACCAGCUGGAAAGCAAGUGUGCGGCACUGGGCACCCUUAUCCAGGAGUAUGGGCUGCUCCAACGGCGCCUGGAAAACAUGGAGAACCUCCUGAAGAAUAGGAAUUUCUGGAUCCUGCGGCUGCCCCCGGGCAGGAAGGGGGAAGUCCCCAAGGUGCCAGUGACGUUUGACGACGUGUCCGUCUAUUUCAAUGACAAGGAAUGGGAGAAGCUGGAGGAGUGGCAGAAGGAGCUGUACAAGAAUGUGAUGAAGGGGAACUAUGAGUCGCUGAUCUCCCUGGACUAUGCAAUUUCCAAACCCGGUGUCUUGUCUCAGAUUGAGCAAGGAGAGGAAUCGCGGGUCAGGAGCGAGCCAGACUUGGAGGAGAGUGAGAUCAUUACCGAUGCCACAGCAGCUGGUAUAAGGGUUGUGAUCAAAACGGAGGAGCUCCUUCCUGAAGACAGCCCUGAAAACCCCGAGCUGCACGGGAUGUCAGGGCAGUCAGAGGGGAGCUUCCAGAGUCCGGAUGAGGAGGCAGCCUGCGAGAGCCCCUACGGCUCCGUCUCGCCUCCGAGGGACCUCCCUGGAACCAGCCUGGGUGACUCAUCUGAAUACGUAUCUGACUUCAAUGAGAUCCAGAGAGUCAUCGUUCACCAUGGGAGUUGUGCAGAGGAUGGGAUCGUGAUCAAGACAGAGGAAGAGGAGGAGGAGGAGGAGGACCCUGACACUCUGGAGCCAUGUGACAUGUUCUCAGGCAGGAGCGAGCCGCCAGCAUUCCCCAGCCAUGAGGCCGGGCUGGGCUGCGAGGCGCAGUGCAGCUCCAAAACACAGCCCAGGAGCCUGGUGGCCACCCGCGUGAGGAAACCCCCAGCGUGCGAGAGGGACUCUGGAGACAUGAAGCCAGCCGCCGCCCAGCAGCGGAACCGGACGAGGGAGAGACCCUACAUCUGCCCUGAGUGCGGGAAGAGUUUCAUGCUCAAGAUCAACUUCAUGAUCCACCAGCGCAACCACCUCAAGGAAGGGCCCUAUGAGUGCCAUGAGUGCGACCUCAGCUUCCGCAACAAGCAGCAGUUCCUGCUGCACCAGCGCAGCCACACGCGCCGGGGUGUGGGGGUCCCCCGGCGCCCUGAGCAUGGUCUCAAGCCCCAGUCACGGCCCCCACCUCCGGGGAAGCCCUACAAGUGCUCCGAGUGCGAGAGCAGCUUCAGCCACAAGUCGAGUCUCAGCAAACACCAGAUAACACAUGUUGGGGAGCGGCCCUUCACCUGCGGCGAGUGCCGGCGGAGCUUCCGCUUUCAGAUCAGCCUCAUCAUGCACCAGAGGAUCCAUGCUGGCAAAAGCGAGAUGGCCUUCCUCUGUCCCCAGUGUGGGAAGAACUUCACCAGGCCCUCCCACCUCCUGCGGCACCAGCGGACUCACACCGGCGAGCGGCCCUACCAGUGCAGCCAGUGCGAGAAGACCUUCAGCGAGAAGUCCAAGCUCACCAACCAUUACCGCAUCCACACCCGGGAGCGCCCGCAUGCCUGCGCCGUCUGCGGGAAGGGCUUCAUCCGCAAGCACCACCUCCUGGAGCACCAACGCAUCCACACGGGUGAGCGGCCCUACCACUGCACAGAGUGUGGCAAGAACUUCACCCAGAAGCAUCACCUCCUGGAGCACCAGCGGGCGCACACUGGCGAGCGGCCCUACCCCUGCACUGAGUGCACCAAGUGGUCCCUCAAGUACCACCUGAGGACGCACAUGGGAGAGUGA